GCCUGGUAUUUAUAGUCCAACCGCGACCUGCAGCCAGCCCGAUGGCCUGAAAAAAUUGAGAGUUACCCGGCCACUCACGUGAUGUGAUAUCUAGCCCUAACUUUGGAUCUAGGGCAUAUUCAGCCAGUUACAACAUUCUCCGGAGGCAUAUAUAUUCACACAAUGUCGAAUACAGUCGCCCAAAAUAUCGACAGCCUCAAGGGAUGGCUCGAAAAGAAUGCAUUUUGGAGAAAUGAGUUGAUAAUAAGGCCUUCGAAGUAUGGUGGAAUAGGUGUAUUUGCCCCAGAUCAGAUGGACUACGAAGAUCCCCUCUUAUUAAGAAUUCCAAAGACAAGUGUACUUUCGGCAAAGAACUCAUUGAUAUAUAAUCUUUUGGUUGAUUAUAAAUACGAAGAAGUGGAUAUCUCAACUGGAAUGUAUGGAGUAAUAAUCUCUGUCAUCUACGAACUUUCAGCAGGCACAAAAUCGCCAUGGUAUGAGUACUUAAAUUCAAUUGACUUUGAAAACUCUUCCGUUCCAGUAUGCCUAUGGGAUCAGGACGAUAAGGACAACUUCAAAAAUACCGAGGUUGACCUUUUAAAUUUGUUGAACCCAGAUGAGUUAAUCCAAUUUUACCAAGAGUGUAUCAAGUUUGCUAAAGCGAGCAGCCAGUAUGUCGCUAUUCCAGCAAUACUAAAUGAAGACAAAGCGUCCAGCGCUGAGUUAGUGAAGCUGGCACAAUUGCAUAAGUUUGGCCAGGUUGUUCUGUCCGUCAUUUCAAGAGCAUUUAAAAUUGAUGAUUACUACGACUUGGGAAUGGUUCCUGGGGCUGACUUAUUCAAUCACAUGGAACCACAACUUAAUGGGAAGAACAUUGUUGGCCAUGAGAACAUUCAUUUUAUAUGUGAUGGCAGUGUAUGUGGAGAAUGUGGAGAAGAGGACUGUGAUCAUGAAGAGGAACUGGAAAUGGAGCUUGAUAGUGAUACCGAGGAAAUUGAAGAUGAAGAGGUUGAUGAAGUGCAGGAAACUGAAUUCGCUGAUCAAUUAAAUGAUGCCGAUGCGGAAAGCAUUGCACAUGGGGAGGAUGAUGGCGAUGACGAAGAUGAUGAUGACGAAGAUGAUGAAGAUGAUGACGAAGACGAAGACGAUGAUGAUGACAGUUCAAGUGAGCCUGAUAUCGAGUCUUCGCAGUAUGAUAUGGAUUUAGAAUCCUCGGUAAUUGAGGAGGAACCAAUCAAAGAGAUAACUAUGGAAUAUAUUAAACAAAUGGAGUUGGAAAUGGAAAAUGACUCUGAUGCAGACACAAACCAAGAUCCCGAUGAGGAAUCGACUGUAUCCUUAGAAGGUGAUGAAGGGGAGGAAGGAGAAGAUGAGGAGGAGGAGCAGGAAGGAGAAGUGGAUCCUGAGCAAGAUGAGCUUGCCAAAGAACUCUCCGAUAGUUCCAAGUGUUGUGACGUUGUCCUCGUCAAACUUCCAGAGGAAAUUCAUGAGCACGAGAUCUUCAAUUCUUAUGGAAACGAGCUCUCAAACCCCUACUUGCUUCAAAGGUAUGGAUUCAUAACUGGCCAAAAUGUCAAUGACACAUGUCUUCUUUCGGUCCAAGUGUUCAAGCAUAUCAAGCACAUCAAAGCAGGAUUAUCUUCCGAAAAGCAGAAACAGCUCGAGCUCAAGUUUGAGUGGUUCGAAGGUAUGGGUUUUGACAUAGUGAACCAAUUGAUCGGGGAGCACAUUCAAAAAGAGCAGAAAGCUACGAAGGCCUGUGGUGACAAAUGUGAAGAUAAUUGCGAUGGCUGCGAGGAGAAGGAUGGCUGUGGUGCAGAAUGUGAGGAUGGUUGUGAAGACGGGUGUGGGGAGGAAGAUGACGAUGAGCUUGAACUUCCAGAAACCUGGCAGUUGUCUCCCAGGAUCAAUUUUACCGGAGAAUGUACCUUGCAAACAUAUGCAAUCCUAACACUCUUGGACCUCCCAUUCAAGAUUUUCAAGCACAAGCUCCUUCUAGUAAACAAAGAGAAAAAGUUGAUCAGGAUGAUCAAAGAAAUCUUCUUGGAAGACCAGUCCUCCAGAAGUGCUCACAAUGCUAUAAUCAAGAACUGGUGUGUGCAAAGACUCAGUGGAUAUCCAGUUCUUAAACCAAGCAGCCACCAUAGCUUAGUAAAAAGCAUGGUUGAACAGGAGAAGGCAAUCCUUCAGAAGUUCAUAGAUCAAUAGGAUACCACCAUUGCAUACCUUUCUGAGUACUGAGGUUGUUACAACCAACAUAUGCUAGAAGAGGGCAUACGCUAACAUAGUUAACUCAUACAUAAUAGUAUGUGAAUUACACCCUCAAACGUUGUAUAGAUAAUGCAAUAUGC